AUGAACCAAACACAAGAGCAGCAGAAGCAGAACAAUUCAAUUCAUAAACAGCACACCAGCAGAAUAAACAGCAACAAAACCUUCCACUUCAUGUUUAAACAAAAGCAUAACAACAAAGAAACUCAAAACAGCAAAAUUAGGUAUAAAACUAAAAAGCAUAGAAAACCCCCAUUUGGAGCAAAAGAAAGAGUUCACGUUCGUCCCGAGCAACUAACUACAUCACAGAACAUGAAGGAAAUCCGAUCCGUGUCAAAGCGAAAAAAUCCUUACAAAUUAGGGCUUAGGGUGAAGAAAACCGGAGAAGCAAUUGAAUAG